AUGGUUGUUUCCAUUAUAGGAAGGCAUUCUGAUGGCAUCGCCCCCUUUCACAUCUGGGACAUUCUUGCUCAGGUUCUAAGUAUUAUGGCCUCAGAGGGUGUAAUCGACAAGGCGAAGUUUGAUUCUUUCUACUUGCCAGUUUAUGGGCCUUCGAAGGAAGAUCUAAGGGAGAUCAUCCAAGAAGAGGGGUCCUUUUCGAUCAAGGAGUUUCUGGUGCAUGACUUUUUAAGCGACCUGGACAGUGCACUCGUCACCCCAAGCUGGAUUGCGAACCAGAUAAGAGCCGUGUAUGAACAGAUAGUCGUGCAACAUUUCGAAGAUGUGAUGGACGAAUUUGUGAGGAUCGCGGAGCGGCGCUGGAGCUUGGACACAAGCUUGCUGCAGGAAGAGCAUGCCGGAUUAGCUAUGCUGACUCUGUCGGUUGCCAAGGCAUGA